AUGGCUCUAGAGGCAGCCCGGGGAGGCUCUGCGCUGACUACUCGGGCCGCGGUCAACAUGGGCGUGGCAUCACAAGUCGCGCCCUUGUCAGCGGAAUCGAGUAUAGAGAGCCCGUUGCCGCCCCUACCACCACCGUUGCAGCUGCCCCAGCACCAGGAUCAGCAACAAGGGCAAUCCCAGCAGCAGCAGGUGGGAGAUCUGCUGCAGCUGCAGAAGCAGCAGCAGCUACUGCCGGAGACACAGCGACCGCUUCCAGCGCUCCUAACACCGCCGACACCCAUGGCCGCGGAGGCAUCUUAUUCGCCGACGGCGCCGAUAUCGUCUUCGCCUAAGCGUGGUACGAGCAACUCUUCUUGUCAUGCGGUCAAUACCGCCGCCAUCCCUCUCACGGCUGCCGCCACCGGUCAUCUUAAUGUGGCCUGGGGUCCUGCUGCAACAACUACUAUCAGCUCCGCCAUCAGCGCCGAUGACUGCAGCAACAAUGACAGUAUCAGUGGUUGCAGCAGCAGCAGCAGCUCCAUCCCUCCAGUCUGUCAGCUCUUUGACGCCACAGUAGCAGUGCUUAGCGGUGCUGCCGAAUCCGUUCAAACCAGUGACUCACCAGGUGCUGCGUAUUCCCACACACACGCUGGCAUCAGGACGGAUUCUACCCCGGUCAUCAGCAGCAUCAGCAUCCGCAGCGGGGACUCCGUCGUUGAAAACAGCAGCAACUGGGUGAUUGUGGACGGUCCGCCGUGUUCCAUAUCGAGCCUGGCCAUGACACGGGCCAUCAUUCGUCAGCUAGGUCUGCUGCCACCCGGCUUCCUUGACACUGUAUAA